UAGGAGACGUAAAGAUGAUGUAUAACUCUGUCUGGUUGGAGGAGCGUGAGAUGCAUCUACACAGAUUCCUGUGGAGAGACAGCCCAGAAAAGGAGAUCUGUGAAUACGCAAUCACCAGAGUUAACAUCGGUGACAAACCCGCUGGUUGCAUUGCACAGUUGGCUAUGAGGGAGACUGCGAACCUGCCCAAAUUCACUCACUUGGUGGAUGAACGAAGAGUUAUCGAAGAAGACAGUUAUGUGGAUGACCUCUUAACCUCCCACAAUGACCUGCACAGACUUGACAACAUCACAGCAAAUGUUGAAGAGAUUCUAAAAGCUGGAGGCUUCUUCCUUAAACCAUGGGUCCGGUCAGGGCAAAGUGGGAGGAAAGGAGCUGAAGCAGAUGUCCUAAGCCAGGAGCAAAGGAAAACCUUAAUUCUUCCAAACCAAAUGAGGGAAGGGGACAACAAAGCCUUGGGCAUUGGCUACCAAGUGGAUGAGGACAAGCUCUACAUGCUGACCGCUGUGAACUUUUCUAAAAGGAAGAAGAAAAUGCGAGUUGGCAAAGAUCUUCUCGAAGAGGAGGUGAGAACUGAAACACCUAACCCACUGACUAGAAGAGCUCUCUUAAGCCAAGUUGCUGCACUGUAUGACCCAAUUGGCCUAGUUGCACCGGUCAAGCAGAAAGGAGCGAUUCUUGUUCGUAAAGCAUUUCAAGAAGGAGGGGGUGGCAAACUGACCCAAGAAACCUGGGAUCAACCUCUCUCAGAAGGCCUCAGAGAAGAAGCUAUACAGCUUUUCGAAGAAUAUGUGCAGCUUGGUCGAGUGAAAUUCCACAGGAGCCUCACACCAUCUGACUGGAAAGGUAAACCUUGGGGCAUCACAUUCUCUGAUGGAAGUGACAAAACAUACGGAGCUGUCAUGUACUUAAGAUGGGAAACAACUCAAGGCAUUGAAGUCCGGUUAGUGGAAGCCAAAGCCAAACUCACACCCCUGGAUCAAAAGGGAGAUGCUGUGAAGGCAGAAAUAUGUGGCGCAGUCUUUGCAGCUAGGAUCAGGAAGUACGUGGAGAAGCAUGCACGAUUGAAGAUUGAGAGAUGGUUCCAUCUACUGGACAGUCAAAUAAUCCUAGGAGCCAUUCAGCGAGACAAUUAUGGAUACCAAACCUUCUUCGCAAACAGAGUAGGUGAAAUCCAGAAGGCUGGGCCAGUGCAAGACUGGUGGUGGAUUCGUGGAGAUCUAAAUAUAGCUGACAUCAUAACAAGAGGAGGCACUCCUGACGAUUUGAAGGAGAGUUCCACAUGGCAAAAUGGACCAGAGUUCCUGAAGUGGCCAGUGGAGGAGUGGCCUAUUCAUUCAGCUGGAGAAGUUGCAGCCCAGGCCAGGGAGAGUGUAAACAAGCUUCAAAGCAAGGCAUUUUCAGCUGUACUGACCAGAGCUCAAGCCAAAAUGAGUCAACAGAAUGAAGAUCCACUAACCACUCAGGAAAGUCCUUGUCAAGAGGGAAAAUCCACUCUGCCAAGAAUGAGGCCCACUGGCUGGGUUAGACAUCUCGUGGACAUAACACGGUUCAGUAGUCUGACCAAACUGAAGAGAGUAAUUGCCUGGAUCCGUCGAGCUGCCGAGCAGUGGCUGAAGAGGAUUUUAAACCCAAAACGGCCAAAGUGGGACGCAACAACACCCAAGCUGGCUGGAUUGACCAGCAAAGAGCUUGAGGAUGCAAGUGACGACCUCUUACUAGCAGCUCAAGUCGGUGUAACUUUUCCAGAAACAACUCUCAGCAGAUUAGCAGUAUACAAAGAUGUGAACACUGGGCUCCUACUUUGUGGUGGUAGAAUCCAGAUGUUCAAUGAGGAGAAGACGGCCGUGCCAGUUCUGCCAUUUGAAGCAUGGGUGUCUACUCUGCUGGCACGAGAAUCCCAUGAAGUUAACCAUGAGGGUGUAGCAGCAACCCUUCUCCGGAUGAGGAAGACAGCCUGGGUAAUAAAAGGCCGAAGAAUUGCCAAGAAGAUGGUUGACAGUUGUGUGAGCUGCAGGAAGAACAGGGCGAAGCAGUGUCAACAAAUAAUGGCGCACUUGCCUCCAGAGCGAACAGGCCCAGCUGCUCCUUUCGAAUUCACCACCUUGGAUCUAUUCGGUCCAUAUGAAGUGAAAGAUGAAGUUAAGAAAAGAACCAGACUCAAGGUAUGGGGAAUUGUCUUCUGUUGCAUGGCCUCCCGUGCCAUACACACUGACGUGGUAAGUGACCAGUCAUCUGAAGGUUUCCUGCUGGCCUACCAAAGGUUCACGUCACUGAGAGGGCACCCCAGGAAACUUUGGUCAGACCCUGGUACUAACUUUGUUGGAGCCAAACCUGCUCUGGAGAAGCUAUACAAAUUCUUUGACCAACUGGACAGGUCUCAAUUUGAAGACCUAUCUGCCAAGCAUGGAACGGAAUGGUCUUGGAAGAUCCACCCCUCAGAUUCUCCGCAUAGAAAUGGUGCAGCAGAGGCGGCUGUCAGAAUAGUGAAGCGGGCUCUAAGCAACCUUGGUGGAGAUGGUGUUUUCACCUGGGGUGAAUUCCAAACCUUUCUCUUUAUGGCAGCCAACCUUGCUAACGAAAGACCUAUUGAUGCCAGAACUCAAAGUAGGGAAGACUGUGUAGAGUACAUUACCCCAAAUUCUCUGCUUUUAGGGCGUGCAAACCCAAAGGGAGACCCUGGAGACUUCCAGUUCGAUGGCUAUCCAUAUAAAAGGCUUAAAAGUAUCCAAACAGAAGUCAGCAAGUUCUGGAAGAAGUGGAGCCAAUUGGCUGGACCAAACCUGUUUGUACGGAACAAAUGGCACACUAAAGAGCGAAAUGUUGCUGUUGGAGAUGUGGUCUGGUUGGCUGACCAAAAUGCUCUGAGAGGACAGUACAGACUGGCCAGAGUUGUCAGCGUCAACACUGACAACAAAGGCAUUGUAAGAGAUGUGCUUGUGAGGACCUUUCCCAGCUAUCCUGUUCCCAUCAGAAAGGCAGCUGGAAAGGAGCCGGCCGCAGGAUCCAACAGGGUUAAACAAAAAAUCCCGGCCACAACCCUUCAUAGAGAUGUAAGGCGCCUUGUCAUUCUGAUUCCCAUUGAAGAACAAGAGUGACGGACUGGUGUGACCUCAUUGGGUUUGAGAAACCAUGAGCUCAAGUGGGAGGUGUUGGGUUAUAACUGAACAAUUGAAGGUCUAAGGUUGCCACCACCGUCAAACUACAUUUCCCAUAAUGCACCAACAAAAUGGCUGCUGAUCACAAAUGAAAACACCUGAACAGGAAUGGUAGCUCAGUCUUCAAACAAGCCAAGGAACAGCACAGCAAGCUCUACUCAAGAGUUUACUCCAAAGACACCAAUGGUUAUCAACCUGACGGUUCAAGCAUUGGUUGAUUAACUUGAAACCAACAAGUCUAAGUUGGUAAAUAAAACUCAACGAAAGGUGAAUCAAGAGUUGUCCCGGUGUGUCCUUUUGGAGUGGAACUAGAGUGGAAC